CACAAUGCAAAGCCAUAGCAAACUGCGUAUUGCCUCUGCAUCCGCACAACCUGCUGUGCUCGGGCUCCAUGGUUGGGCAGACCUUCCAGAUGGCCCGCUAAGCUCCAUUCUUGCACUGUCAGGGUCCUUCCGUGAUGUUCUUGCCUUCGCGGCAACAUGCCGCUCUUGGCGUGCUGCAUUCUCCUCAUACCCAAACAAAUCUGCCUUCUGCACCAGAUUCCCACCUCUCCUCGUCCAAUUCAAUGUCUGUGUUCAAGCUCCUGAUCUCCCGUCUAACAAUGGCCAUCACGAGCUACGUACAUGUAAGGUCAUUGAUCCAAUCAACAAGAACAUUGCCCUUCGCUGCCAGAUUCCUCAAGAAAUUUACCAGGAGAUGCAUUUUGCUGGCAUUUCGUAUGGUCAACUAAUUUGCGGCCGUGCAGGAUAUUGUCUUGUUGUUGAUGUGUUUAGUGGUGCCGUGGUUUCUCCCCCACGUCUCCCAUUCAGCGGUGAUUUUGAGUUUGGGAGGGAGUUCUACUUCAGUGGCAUUUUGACGGCUCCCAUUGCAUCACCCAACUCACACCUCCUUGUCAGUACUGCAAUCUCCCUGUUUGAUUGGCCGGUCGGAAGUAACUCUUGGUCUGAACUCCAGCUUUCUGAUGAAUCGAUAGAACAGAUUGUGGAAUUCAAUGGUCAGUUCAUCGCCAUGGAUGAUUGUUAUAAGAUCUACGCUUUGCAGCUGUCCCCCCAGCUUGGUCUGCAGGAGAUAACAACUGAGUGGGUCGGUGACCAGCCCCCAAGCUCGUACACGAAACCAUGGCUAGUGGUCUGCGGCGAUAUGCUUCUCAUGGUUUCCUGUUUUUGGACAGUGAGCUCAGGCAGCUCAGUAGUAAAAUGUAUACCCCACCACCUUGACAUGUCGACCAAUCCUACAAAAUGGGUCGAGGUAAACCAGCUGGAUAAUUGGGCACUCUUUGUUGGGGGUGAUAUGAGGAGCCAGCCGUUUUCUUGCAUGAGCCCGGAAAGAUGGGGCGGGAGGAGCAAGGGGCUGUACUAUGCUGGACGUAGCUCUUUUAUUGUACAUGGAGUGGGUGAUGAGCGGGCUCCUUCUACCGGCCCCAAGGUAGAGUACGAGAGAAGACGGCCCCGGGCCGGCAAGCUGCAGCCCCUUUGGGUGUAUCCAAGCAUGUUCUACACUGAUGCGCAGUGACCAUCGCGUGCAUCGACGGCUUGCUGCUCCACAAGCUCCUGAUGAAAAUCCCCCCCUACAACACAGAGUAGGGGCUUUUGCAACUUG